AAGUUCCUCAAGCAGAUGGUGGGGGGCUUCUCCAUCCUUUUGUGGAUAGGUGCUAUCUUGUGCUGGAUCGCAUAUGUGAUCCAGUAUGUCAACAAUUCUGCAUCCCUAGACAGUGUUUACUUGGGCGCCAUACUUAUCCUGGUCGUUAUUUUAACGGGGAUUUUUGCUUAUUACCAAGAAGCCAAAAGCACCAACAUCAUGGCCAGCUUUAGUAAGAUGAUCCCCCAGCAAGCUCUUGUCAUCCGAGAUUCAGAAAAGAAGAUCAUUCCUGCGGAGCAGCUGGUGGUUGGGGAUGUUGUGGAGAUUAAAGGAGGGGACCAGAUUCCCGCAGACAUCAGACUGGUGUCUUCCCAAGGGUGCAAAGUAGAUAAUUCCUCUCUCACUGGGGAAUCUGAGCCCCAGGCUCGUUCAACUGAGUUUACCCACGAAAACCCCUUGGAAACAAAGAACAUAGGCUUCUAUUCCACAACGUGCUUGGAAGGCACGGCGACUGGCAUUGUCAUCAACACGGGUGACCACACCAUCAUUGGUCGCAUAGCCUCCUUGGCUUCAGGUGUUGGAAGUGAGAAAACACCCAUUGCCAUAGAGAUUGAGCACUUUGUCCAUAUUGUGGCAGGGGUGGCCGUCUCCAUCGGCAUCAUUUUCUUCAUCAUCGCGGUGUGCAUGAAGUACUACGUCCUUGAUGCCAUCAUCUUCCUCAUUAGCAUCAUUGUGGCCAAUGUACCUGAAGGCCUCCUGGCCACUGUCACUGUCACCCUGUCACUGACAGCGAAACGGAUGGCUAAGAAGAACUGCCUGGUGAAGAACCUGGAGGCGGUGGAGACCCUGGGCUCCACCUCCAUCAUCUGUUCAGACAAGACCGGGACCCUCACCCAGAACCGGAUGACUGUGGCUCAUCUGUGGUUUGACAAUCAGAUCUUUGUGGCCGAUACAAGCGAAAACCAGACAAAACAAGCCUUUGACCAAAGCUCUGGAACCUGGGCUUCUUUGUCCAAGAUAAUAACACUGUGUAACCGAGCAGAGUUCAGGCCGGGUCAGGAGAGCGUCCCCAUCAUGAAGAGAAUUGUGGUUGGAGAUGCCUCAGAAACUGCUCUUCUAAAAUUCUCAGAGGUUGUUUUGGGUGAUGUGAUGGAAAUUAGAAAAAGAAAUCACAAAGUAGCCGAAAUUCCUUUUAAUUCCACCAACAAAUUUCAGCUCUCCAUACAUGAGACAGAGGAUCCUAAUGACAAACGCUUCCUCAUGGUGAUGAAAGGGGCUCCCGAGAGAAUAUUAGAGAAGUGCAGCACCAUCAUGAUCAACGGCCAGGAGCAGCCACUGGACAAGAGCUCUGCCGAUGCCUUCCACACAGCCUACAUGGAGCUGGGAGGCCUGGGCGAGCGUGUGCUGGGUUUCUGUCACCUCUACCUGCCAGCAGAUGAGUUUCCCCAAACCUACCCAUUUGAUGUAGACAACAUAAACUUUCCCACUUCCAACCUCUGCUUUGUGGGGCUUCUGUCCAUGAUCGAUCCCCCUCGGUCCACUGUCCCAGAUGCAGUCACCAAAUGUCGGAGUGCAGGGAUCAAGGUUAUUAUGGUUACAGGUGAUCAUCCUAUCACAGCCAAAGCCAUUGCCAAAAGCGUAGGAAUCAUAUCCGCCAACAAUGAGACAGUGGAAGACAUUGCAAAACGCCGAGGUAUUGCUGUGGAGCAAGUCGACAAAAGAGAAGCUAAAGCCGCUGUGGUGACUGGCAUGGAACUGAAGGACAUGACCCCAGAACAACUAGAUGAGCUUUUAAUCAACUACCAAGAAAUCGUAUUUGCUCGGACAUCGCCCCAGCAGAAGCUGAUCAUCGUGGAGGGCUGUCAGAGGCAGGAUGCAGUUGUGGCUGUGACAGGAGAUGGAGUGAAUGACUCUCCAGCCCUCAAGAAGGCAGACAUCGGGAUUGCUAUGGGGAUAGCAGGUUCUGACGCUGCUAAAAAUGCAGCAGACAUGGUCUUGCUGGAUGACAACUUUGCAUCUAUAGUCACAGGGGUGGAGGAAGGUCGUCUGAUCUUUGACAACCUGAAGAAGACCAUUGCCUACACCCUGACCAAGAACAUUGCUGAGCUCUGUCCCUUUUUGAUCUACAUCGUUGCUGGGCUCCCCCUGCCUAUUGGCACCAUUACUAUCCUAUUCAUCGACUUGGGCACAGACAUUAUUCCCUCCAUUGCCUUGGCCUAUGAGAAAGCUGAAAGUGACAUUAUGAAUAGGAAGCCUCGCCACAAGAAGAAGGACAGACUGGUGAACAGGCAGCUCGCUAUCUACUCUUACCUGCACAUUGGUCUCAUGCAAGCCCUGGGAGCUUUCCUCGUGUAUUUUACCGUCUAUGCACAGCAGGGCUUUUGGCCCACCUCUCUCAUCAACCUGAGGGUAGCAUGGGAAACAGAUGAUAUAAACGACUUAGAAGACAGCUAUGGGCAGGAAUGGACAAGGUAUCAGAGAAAAUACCUAGAAUAUACAGGCUAUACAGCUUUCUUCGUGGCCAUCAUGGUCCAACAAAUUGCUGAUCUAAUCAUCAGGAAAACCCGGAGGAAUUCCAUCUUCCAGCAAGGACUCUUCAGAAAUAAAGUCAUCUGGGUGGGGAUUGCCUCCCAGAUCAUUGUGGCACUGAUCCUCUCCUAUGGUCUUGGAAGUGUAACAGCCCUGAGUUUUACCAUGCUCAGGGCUCAGUAUUGGUUUGUGGCCGUACCACAUGCCAUUUUGAUUUGGGUGUACGAUGAGAUGCGGAAACUCUUCAUCAGGCUCUACCCUGGAAGCUGGUGGGAUAAGAACAUGUAUUAUUGAGACCAUGUCACUCACAGGUCUCCCAG